UUGUAUUUUAAAAAUGAUGAAAUAUAUUAAUCGAUUGAAUUUUUCCACUAAAAGCCAUAUUUUAAUUUUCAAAUUAUCACGUAUUUAAUUGGAUUAAUUGAUGAACUCAAACCCAUAAUCAUAUAUAUUUGAGAGCAAAUUCAUUUCUUACCUGUCUCUGCCUCUGAAGAAGAAUGUGAGAAAGAAAUCUAACAAAUUCAAUAAAAAAUCUACAUUUGGCGACUUAUUUAUUUUUUAUUUUUUCACUUUUCCAAUAUUCGAAGGCGCUAUAUACAGCAUCAUGUUUCUACCAAAAACCUGCAAAAGCUUAAAUUUACCUGCAGGUAAAUUAAUUUAAUUGAAAGAAUUCGAUGAUUAUGACUCUAAGAUCUGAUGACCAGUAGCAAUAGGACACACGGUGUAGUGACCGAAGGCUUUGGUACGUCAGCCUGUUUGUACCUUAGUUUGGCAUCCUUAAAUUCAUUCUACAAAUGGGGAUAGUUAGCCCUUGGAGGGGCAUCGCUGUGUUGUAAGCCCUGUAUGCCUGUUAGGAAUCCCUGAAAUUGCCUCCCCAAUUUGAAACUCUGUCAAUAACCCUUAUAUUACUAGGCACUUGUCAAUAACCCUUAUAUUACUAGGCACCAAAUCAUUGGAAGUUCACUGACAGUUGCUUCCAUGGCCGUGACAUUAAACCUUUGCCAUGCAACGAAGAGAGCUUCUGCCAUGUAUGUUCACAUAGCUCUUUCCACGCGUUGCUGCAAACCCUUUCACUUUUAACUUAAAUUCCCUCUCUUCCUCUCCAACAUCACCCGUUUCUCUAAAAACUUUUACUCUCUCUCUCAUUCCCUCCUCUCGUUUUUGUAUUUAAUCUCUCUUUCAAUGGCAAGCGUAUCCACAGUCAUGAAUGAACAAACCCUCGAGAAAGACACCACCGCCACCGUCGUCAAGGAAUCCAAUCCAAAACCAAUGGAUUCCAACGCCAAUUCCACCACCAUUGUCCCCUCAACCGAUACCAUAAAUGUUGAGACCGAAAUCAGUACUAAUACUGCUGUGGUUACAGCGUCAGAGAGCUCUAACACAAAUUGUAACGAUAUUGCUGUUCUGGAAGACAAAAGAGCAGCAAAAUGCAUCGGGAGAAGCAACAAGGGUGUAUCGUGGGGAUACUGCAUGGAGCAAGGAAGGCGGUCAACAAUGGAGGAUGCGGCCGUGGUUCAUCCAGGGUUUAUGGAGGUUUGUUGUAAGGAUGUUGGUGGAUGUAUGGCACCCGAGUGUGAACACGCCACGAAAAAAUCGCCUGUGCAUUUCUUUGGCAUAUUUGAUGGGCAUGGAGGUGACCAGGUGAGUACCUAUUGUGCAAAUGAGCUUUGCGAAAUUGUGGCACAGGAGUGGGAAAGAGGAAGUACUUUAGAUGGAUGGAGUAAGAGGUGGGAGGUUGCAAUGUGCAAGGCUUAUGAGAGGGCUGAUAAUGCCUUCAAAGACGAGGCAUUAGCACCCAAGUCUGCUGGAUCGACUGCUUUGGUACUGAUUGUAUCGGCCUGCCAGAUAAUUGCUGCUAAUUGUGGUGACUCCAGGGCUGUGCUUUGUCGUGGGACACAAGCAAUACCAUUGACAGCUGACCACAAGGUUUCUCAAUGUUUUUCAGUUUCAUCUCUCCAUUUACUAUUAAGGUUGUAUGUUCCAAAACUUGACCGAGAAGAUGAGUUAGAAAGGAUCACUAGUAGCGGAGGUAGAAUUCUAAACUGGGGCUGUUUAAGGGUGGAGGGAGUUCUUUCCAUGUCAAGAGCAAUAGGUGAUCAUGAUUUGAAACCAUGGGUAAUUUCAGUGCCUGAAGUUACUUUCUUGACUAGGACCGAAGAGGAUGAAUGUCUGAUUUUGGCAAGUGAUGGCCUGUGGGAUGUUUUCUCCAAUGAAGAGGUUGUAAAGUUAGCUUGCAAAGAACUAAGACAGCAACGGAGGCUUCGUGGGGUUAAUGAUAGUCCAUCACCUGCUUGGUAUGUUUCUCAGCAGGUUCUUAAGCAAGCUCUUGAUGCAUGUAGUUAUGAUAACAUCUCCAUCAUUGUUGUUGACCUGAAAAUUCCAAAGAUAAGACGCCAGAAAAAGCUUUAAAAGGAUAUUUGUUGAGGAAAUUUGAUUCACUUGGGUGACUCUUCAGCUCGGUGUCACCCUCUAUUUCCCUUUCAUUUAGAUAGUUGCAGAAGCCUAGAGUUUAGCAUCUUGAGCAAGGAUUACCGCAUAGUCUUCUUGGGAUUUACAUGCUUUCUGUAGAUGAUGAGAGUCUUGCUUUAACAUCACCAUGGAAUAUUUAAACCAAAUCAAUCCUUAAUAAGGUUGUUAAGUUUAUUACUUGUCUUGACGGGAUGUGAAGAAGGGAAAAGGAAAGACCACUGAUGUCGAAGAUGAUAAAGAUACUGUGUUGUAAGUAACAAGGUGGUUUCUAACCUGGAAAACUUAAGGCUUAUAUACCUACCUAUGUUCUAAUAAAUGACGUUCAGUGACAAUAUAGCUUUUGUUAUUGGGACUAUACAUUGAUCUUCUCAAUGGAAGAUUUAAUGGCAUGCUUUUAAAGUUUUUGUUUCAAAAUGAUCUACACAUUGAUGAUUGCCUCUUUGAUUAUUUUUGUGGUUGACGAAAUCGUCUACACUGACGCUCUUCAGAGUUUUAAAAGGGCAUAUCAUCGUAUUUCUUUCUUGUAUAGAGUAACAAGAUUUCCAGUUCUUCAAGGCAGGUGCAGUCUUUCAACCCCCCCCCUUCCACUAAGGGGUGUGAUAAUAAAAUAGACAGUUUAUAAGGUUGAUUUAAUGAGCAUAGCAAGAAAGGCUCACA